AUGAUUUUUAAGCGGACAAAUGUAUGCCCGAGACCAGAAAGAGUUGUGUUAGUGGGGAUUAGCGGCUGCUCGUCAAGCGGGAAAACCACAAUAGCAAAACUGGUGACCCAAUUGAUCCCCAAUGCAACGUUGAUUCAUCAAGAUGAUUUCUACAAGCACGACAAAGAGGUGCCCAUCGACAAAGAGUAUGGGAUCCAGAACUGGGAUUGUGCUGAGGCGUUGGACUUCCCACUUCUCGAGAAGGAGCUGGAACACAUCAAGGCCACCGGGGAGAUCUACACUGAACUGGUACAUAACAAUAACGUCGACAAUCUAAGCAAAUUUAAUCUGGAUCAGGCAAACUUGAACCGUCUGAAAAUCCAAUUGCAUCGUUCCAUGGAGGACAAGAACCUAAAAGUUGUUCUUGUAGACGGGUUCAUGAUGUACAAUGAUCCGCGCAUUCGGAAUACGUUUGAUUUGAAGUUGUUGAUUAGGGCGCCGUACGAGCAAUUGAAAAGAAGACGUGCCGCAAGGGCCGGUUACCAAACCUUGGACUCGUUUUGGGUAGACCCGCCUUUCUAUUUUGACGCGUUCGUCUACAGCGGUUACAAGCGAUCGCACGCAGCGCUCUUCGAGGACGGAGACGUGGAAGGUAAAUUGGAUAAGGUAGCGGCCUCAGACAUCAAAGAUUUCAUGAACAGUGACACGGUUUCUCUUGAUGCAGUAUUGGAAUGGGUUGCACAGGAGAUUGCCAGCACAUGCGAUGAACUUGUAGUGUAA